AUGGAUUUGCCGAGUCUCUUGUUGAUGUUGCGAUUGCAACUUUCUCUACUGGGCCAGUUGCACGUCGGUGCUACUGUGAUCAACUCCCUACCUACCAAAAACGUCAUCGAAUACCCUCUACCGGCUGCCCAGCAGACUCAUGAGGUUCUCGCGGUAACCGACAACUUGAUACUCGUUUCUCAACAAACCGAUGGAAGUCUCGUGAAAGUAGCAAUCGAUAACACCGGAAGGCCUGCCGGUGCUCGUAAAUACACACCGACAAAUAUAUGGUCCGGUCUACACGGCCUGACAUUGCACUCAGGCUCCGGAGGCAACUCGAGCGUCUGGGCAACUGUGCAGUUCGAUAAUGCUAUUCUCCAGAUUGAUCCCAAGGGCGACGACAUCAACUCCCCUCCAGAAGUCAUCAAAACAAUUCCCGUCCCUGCUCCUGCCUCGGGGCCGCAUGGAAUUUUGGAACACAACGGGAACCUGUGGCUAGCGUGCAAGGACAGCUCGCACGUCGUCAGGCUCAGGAUCGAUAACCCUGACGACUAUCAAGUCUGGGCUGUCAGCAGACGUCCAAUUUUCGUUGCUGUGCACCCGACGAGCGGAGACAUCUACGCUAGCCUUGACUUGAGUAGCAAGAUUUGGCACUACAAGAAUGAUGGAGGGAAAGGCGAGGAGAUUGCCAUUCCGCCAGACAGAGGAGCCACGCCCGUCGGCCUGGUGUCGGGACCAGACGGUAACUCCUGGGUCGCUUUACUAGGAAACUCGACUGCCGGCACGGGCACAUUUGGACGCAUCAGCAAAGACGCCUCUAUUGAUUGGUUCACCUUGUCCUCGAGUGUCGGCAAAACUGCAGGUAUCAUCCAUCUGGCAUUCGACCAGGACCCAACGCGAUUCUGGGUGCUUGGCUCGUCGACCAUCUGCGACCAUUGCGUCGACGCCGUAUUCACGGUGAAGAUCGAUGAUACGACUGGGGGCACCGCAUCGCCAAGGAUUGCAGUACAGAACUCCAUCUUAUUACCCACCCAGAGGAGCUGGACACAUCGCAUAAUCAAUCAUAGGGGAAGCCUAUUUCUCACCGAGCUGACAACUUCGACCCUCGCGCAUCUGACUGGAUCUGCUGUCGAUGGGCUGAACACCAGUGAGACCUGGGAUCAAUACGCGGACUACGGACUCGGUCUGAAGUCCGCGAUGAUUGAUUAUAACAAUGAUCCGUUGCUUUGA